AUGCCAGCUCCCGCCCCCCACACCAAGACCACCGCCUCCCCCGCGAAGCCGAUCCCUAUGCCUCGCCGCGCCACCGAUGCCGGAAUCGGCGCGGUACCUCCUCGACCUACCGUUGCUGCGAAAGCCGCGAGCGUCAGAGGACUGCUGCACGCACACAAACGUGCCGACUCGGCCGCAAACCCUCGCGACAUCACUCUCAGCCAGACCAAACCGACAGUGAAGAGGGCGAACACACUCGACAAGCUCAGACCGUCAACUUGGUCCAAGAGCUCCAAAGUGGCAGCGCCCGCACCUCUUUCAUCCGACGAAGCCGAAGAGAUCGAUAUUCUUAUCCCUUCGAAUCUCCUACGCGACGACCACGAGGACGACCCCGUUGGUCUCUCUACGGGUACUUUCCAUGGGCUCUCUGCUAAGAAGUUGCUGCCUACCCUCGGAAAGAACAAACGCCGACUCUCCGAGCGUCCGGCUCUGCUUGUCAGGGUCGACACGGAGUUGAGCUAUAGCUCAUCGUCGGCAGACGACUCGAGCGGAGAGUCCUCUGAGGCAACCUGCGUCGGCUCGUUGUCUCCUUCGCCGGACCUCUCCCUCUCCUCUCGUUCAAACUUCGUUAAGAAGCCCUCACCAACCCAACCACCGCUCACGGUCCAAUCUCCCUCUACACCGAGCCCCGCAUUUGGCAACCUCCCCAAGGAUUUGCACCAUGACACCCCACCAGCCCACCAGGCUAUCGUGCAACCCGUCCCUCUUCGCCCCAAUGUGCUCAAGGCCGCUGAGAUCCUCCAGCACGGGGAGGACUGGGAGGCUCAGGUCCUACCCGUUUCGCCUCCGUCUCGACCGUCCUCUGCUCCUUCGCUCUUCGGCGGCAGUCUUGAGCCAAUCCAGGACGCAGAAGAAGACGCUUACUACGAGGAGCGGUACCACCUGGCGUUCGACACACAGCUCAAGUGGCAUAGGGCGUACGACGAACAUCUUCGUAUACUCGCUGACGUCCGGUUACGCGAUGGCCUAGACAUCCAGGACUGCAUGUACUUGCGCAUGACGGAAGAGCAGCGGGCUCAGGUGCACGCUGGACCGUGGAAAUUUGUCGACAUGGGGAAGGAGGGGAAGUGGGUCGUCGACAGGAAGAAGUGGGAGAAGCGUGCGAGGAAGCUCCAGAAGGAGGAGGCGAAAGCCGCAUUGCAGACUCAGGCGUUGCAGGCCCAGUAUGACGAGCUAUACUGA